CACCCCACCCUCCAUUGAUGCUCAGGGUGUCCCUGGAGUGGACAGAGCUGACAGUGAAAGUUGGUGACUCAAGGGUGAGGUACAGCAAUGGGGCCAACAGCCCUGGGGCCUUGUUUAGAAGGCAGAAUGUAGACUUGAGAAGGAUGAAGACAGAACCACCUGCUGAAGCCUGAGAGAGAGGAAGAGCAGAGUGGAGGGAGGGAAGGGAGAAGAAGUGAGGAAGAAAGGAGAUACGGCAGAGGAGCGAUCCACUGAGGCCAGAAGAUGUGUCUUUCCAGUGCCUUCCUGCUCCUCUGCCUUCUGGGCUAUUUCACUCUGAGCAUUCCCAGGAUCUUAAAAGGCACAACGGGAGGAACAUUGGUGAUGGAGUGCCGGUACAAUGUGGGAGAGGAGGGUCACAGGAAGUUCUGGUGCCGAGGGCCCAACUGGACAGACUGUGUCCGAGUCAUUGAAACGGAACAGAUGGCAGGGCAAGAGGUGAGGCGUGGCCGAGUAACCCUUCGAGACAACCCCAGAGAGCACCUUUUCCAUGUGAUCACGGAGGACCUGGAGGAAGGAGAUGCAGACACUUACUGGUGCGGGGUGGACAGGGCCACAAGUGUCCCCCAGGCCCCGGUGGCCGUGACUAUUUUUCCAGACUCAGCGACAGUAUCAAUGAUGACCACUGAGACAUUGGCCAGCAUGGGAGCCCCAGCUCUGACCAGUUACAUGGCCAGCCCUGGCCUUCCUGCUUGGCCCUUCCUGUUCUUUGCCAGCUUCCUAUUCCUGGUCUUGCUGAAAGUCAGCCUCUUCCUGAGCUUCAGUUAUGCUGCCGUUUGGUUGGCCUGGCUUCAGCGUCACCUCUGAGGAUGAUGGUCUGUCCAGCCCAGUGUAACUGCAGCUCACUCCCCAGUGACUCCCUGUCUGGUGACACAGUUCCUGGCCUCUCUGCUCCAAACUCAGCCUGGACCCAUCCCUGGGAUGUGAAGCCAGAAAUGAAUCAGCCCCAGCAGAGACUUUUGUGCCUGGGCAUUGAGUCAUCUUUGCCAGAUCCUUUCCCGGGCUGGUCUGACAGCAGACACCAGGACUCCAUGUGAGGACAUGGGCUGUGGACUGAGAUGGAUGUGUGUUCAAACUUCAGUGCUUACAACAUGACCCAGUAGAGGUUUUUGA